AUGCAGAGAUGGAGCAAGCAUGAAUUCGAUAUUGGCAAUGAUCAAGGGAGUCAUGAUAUGGAGAUCCAUCCUCCUCCGAUCAAUCUAGACAACUUCAGUAAGACAUUCGAGAGUAUCGAAGCUGUCGAGAAGUUUUACAAGGCUUACGCACACAGUGUUGGAUUUUCAGUUCGAAUUGGGCAGAAAAGGACCGAUGGCAAAUAUUGUAUAUCAUAUUUUCAAGAAGAACACACCCAUGAAUUUGUCACACCUAGCAAGCAGCAUUUAACCAAGUCUAACAGAGAAGUCAGCGAGAAGGCCAAGACCACACUAUUCACAUGUCAUGCAGCUAGCAUUGGCACAUCUGGGGCCUUCCGAUUGCUUCGUGUUGGUGAGGGCGGAUUCCAGUUCGUGGGGUGCACAAAGAGAGACUUGCAAAACUAUCACCGCGACAUGCGAAGCAGUUUCGAAGAUACAGAUGCUCAAAUGUUCAUUGACAACCUCAGAAAGAGGAAGAAAAUCAACCCAGGAUUCUUCUUUGACUAUGUUCUUGAUGAUAAAAACCCACUGACGCGUGUCUUUUGGGCAGAUGCUUUUUGUCGGAAGAAUUAUGCUUUAUUUGGCGAAAUGGUGUCUUUUGACUCCACAUAUAGCACCAAUCAGUAUAAGAUGAUAUUUUGUCCUUUCACAGGAAUACACCACCAUAUGGGAUCAGUUUUCUAUGGUGCCGCCUUGAUUGUUGAUGAGAAGAUAAAGUCAUAUAAAUGGGUGUUCGAAACAUUCUUGAAAGCAAUGGAUGGUGUAGCACCGAGGCUUAUAGUAACUGAUGAAGAUGCUAGUAUGAAGGCUGCCCUUGAUGAAGUUAUGCCAAACACCGUCCAUAGGUUAUGCAUGUGGACAGAAUGA